GCUUCGUUCAAGAGGGGAUUAACCUCAAAAAAACACAUUGGAUGGCACGAUCUGCCCCGCUAGCUAAUGGGAAGGCAAACGGAUUGCACUAUCUGGCAAUGCCAAUAAUGGAUUGGAAUCGUCACUUAUAAACGUUUCCUCCAUUUUAAUCGCUGGAUUUUUGUUGGGUUCUUUUGACUGUGCAAAUCCAGAAUGAGCAAGAUAGAGAGAGCCCAUCAGAAAUAUAGGGAGGGAAAUCACGAGGAAGCAUUGCAGCUGUAUUCAGAGGCGCUUGAGCUCGCCAAACUCAAUGCUCACAAAAUUGCAUUGCACAGCAACAGGGCUGCCUGCCAUUUGAAGCUUCGGAAUUUCAAAAAGGCAGCUGAAGAGUGCAGUGCGGUGCUGGAGCUAGAUGGAAAACAUUCAGGUGCAUUGAUGCUUAGGGCACAAACAUUGGUUGCCAUGAAGGACUAUCACUCAGCACUGUUUGAUGUACACAGACUUAUUGAGCUCAACCCAUCAUCUGAUGCUUAUCGAAACUUACAAGCUAGGUUGAGAACACAGCUAUCAUUAGCGCCCAUACCUGAAGCAGAUGAAGAGAUGGUUCUGUCUGAUGCAGAAGAAAUUGAGACUCCCAUUCCUGCAACUCAGAACACUUCAGUUGACGGGUCUUCAUCUCAAGAGUCCCAAAAUUUACAUUCUUCAUCCUCAUCAUCUCAAGAGAUGUCUACAUCACACCCAAAGGGUUGGGAAGCCAUUCCAAAGCCUAAAGGUCACUCUGGGUUGGAUUAUUCUCGAUGGGACAAAGUUGAAAUUGACUCAAGUGAUGAUGAAGAAGACGAGGACUCUGAUGAACCCCAGUAUCGUUUUCGCUUACAGACAGUUGGAGUUCGACCUGUAAGGUGAUUGGAGAAUAAGAAUUUGAGCUGUUUAAGGGACAGUUGUAUAGGGUUAUAUUUAAUAGCACUGCUGGUUUGAGUGAGUUGUAUAACAGAAGAUUCAUUUGCUAUCAAGGAGGUCCUGCUUAAGAUGCUGGAAUCGAAAUCUCUCUCGAGACAUUUUGGGCAUUUUGGACUGAACUCCUUGGAAUUUGCCACUAUAGUCUAAAAUGAAAUUUAAUUGGACUUUCUUUCCCCUUCCAGGGAUGUAUUCUAGGUAUAUUCAUUCAUUUUGAUUGAAGCUGGUAAUAUGCGGGAAUCUUGUCUAAAGAGAGUCCAGUGUAAAGAGGAGUGGAAAGUCUUCUGAUUAUUUAUGAGCCAAUCUUGUAUUUUAUACCUUCUUGUAUAUGUAUAUAAAUGUAAAAUCUUUAACCAAGUUCAUUCUUUAAUAUGAAAUGUGAUUUUGACAAA